CUCUGAUGUGUAGCUUCCUGGAGGAGCCAGAGUCUCUUUCACUUUCACAGAAUAGGAUUUCUAGCUGAGGAACCUUGGCCAGUGAACACUGGAGAAGAGCAGGGUGAGUAGUGGGACCAACAGACUCCACCAAACCAUUUGAGUAGGAAGCUCUCCUCCAUCAAUCCUGAUCAAACACCCUUUACCAAAGCAGAAACAGCUGUCAGAGACAAGAAAGCCCUGGCCUCCUGUUUGGAGCAACAACCGAAGGGAGAAGUGAAGCAGGACCAGUGCGAGCAUCAUCUGAGGAUUCUAUCACUAUGGGAGCAGCUCUGUCCAAGAUAGUGGGUGGCACCAAGGAGGCUCAACAUAAGGAUAAACAGGUCUUGGACCCUGACUACGAGAUGAGAGAGCCAAUAAACCUGGAAGUGCAGAGAACGAAAGCCGAGGCAGAGAAGGACUUGAUGCAAAGCUCAACAUUCACACCUUACAUGGAUACCACUACAAUCUUAGUUGACAUUGCAAAACACCUUUCAAGAAUUGGGGAUGAAGCACAUCCCAAUAUCAGAGCAGAAUUGGCUGACAUAGACAAAAAUUCACUGACCUCCUGUCUGGAGCAACAGCAGAAGGGAGAAGUGAAGCAGGACCAGUGUGGCCUACACAGCCAAGCAUCACUUCAGGACUCUGUUACCAUGGAAGAAGCUCAGUCCAAGAAGGUGGGUGACACUAAGGGAGCUCUGUAUGAGUGUCAGCAGGUCUUGGACCCCAACCACUUCAUGAAGAAGAAGUUGGACCUGAUGCUGCAGAGGAUCAAGGCCGAGGAAGAAAAGGACUUGAAGCUAAGCACAGCAAUCACUCCCUAUGUGGAACCUGGUACCCUCGAAAGCUCCUUACAACUACUGUGCUCAAGCAUUAGAAAACUGAUACACUUUCAGAUGUCAGGCUCAACAUUCACAACUUACAAGGAUCGCAUUCUCCUCCAAUGCUCUUUACAGCUACUGAGCGCAAUCCUCAAAAAUCGGAGACACAUUCCGAUGUCAGGCUCAGAAACUACACACUACAUGAAUCCCACUCCCCUCCAAACCUCCUUACAACUACUGAGAUCAGGACUUGAAGAUCUGAGAGAAAUUCUGAUGUCAGUGCUGAUGUUGCAUUUGACAACGAAGAACCUGGUACCCCUUGGGGUCAGCAGUGAACCUAGCCCAAAUGGCACCCAGAAUUCAGCUCAAAAUAUGAGUGGAUUCUGA